AUGGACACAUUUCUAGCAGCACAGGACGACAGGGUCAUGGAUGAGGGCGGUGAUUUGGACGGGAUCUUAGAGCAACGUCGCGGCCGUGGUUAUGAUAGUGAGGUAGAGGAUGAAACAGAGACAGGCACACAGGUUGAGGCGGUAGCAGAAGUUUAUUAUCAAACGAACGAAAGCAGACAGGGGCCAGCUCGGUCACGUCAGAGCUCUAGCACCCAGGUGUCCAGAGUUACAUCGCCCAUGUGUGACGAGGAUCAAAAAGAUGACAUUAACCCAAUACUAAGCUUCCUACGAUCAAUGAAAGAAGAAGCUGACGAACAACGUAAGAAGGAGAAGGAAGAAGAUGAGAAACAGCGAGAAGAUGAGAAACAGCGUAAGAAGGGGAAGGAAGAAGAUGACAAACAGCGUAAGAAGGAGAAGGAAGAAGAUGAGAAACAGCGUAAGAAGGAGAAUGAAGAAGAUGAGAAACAGUGUAAGAAGGAGAAGGAAAGAGAUGAGAAACAACAUAAGAUGGAGAAGAAAGAAUCUGAGAAACAGUGUAAGAAGGAGAAGGAAGAAGAUGAGAAACAGCAUAAAAAGGAGAAGGAAGAAGAUGAGAAACAGCGAGAAGAUGAGAAACAGCGUAAGAAGGGGAAGGAAGAAGAUGAGAAACAGUGUAAGAAGGAGAAGGAAGAAGAUGAGAAACAGCAUAAGAAGGAGAAUGAAGAAGAUGAGAAACAGCGUAAGAAGGAGAAGGAAGAAGAUGAGAAACAGUGUAAGAAGGAGAAGGAAGAAGAUGAGAAACAACAUAAGAUGGAGAAGGAAGAAUCUGAGAAACAGUGUAAGAAGGAGAAGGAAGAAGAUGAGAAACAGCGUAAAAAGGAGAAGGAAGAAGAUGAGAAACAGUGUAAGAAGGAGAAGGAAGGAGAUGAGAAACAGCGUAAGAAGGAGAAGGAAGAAGAUGAGAAACAGCGAGAAGAUGAGGAACAGCGUAAGAAGGGGAAGGAAGAAGAUGAGAAACAGUGUAAGAAGGAGAAGGAAGAAGAUGAGAAACAGCGUAAGAAGGAGAAUGAAGAAGAUGAGAAACAGCGUAAGAAGGAGAAGGAAGAAGAUGAGAAACAGUGUAAGAAGGAGAAGGAAGAAGAUGAGAAACAACAUAAGAUGGAGAAGGAAGAAGAUGAGAAACAGUGUAAGAAGGAGAAGGAAGAAGAUGAGAAACAGUGUAAAAAGGAGAAGGAAGAAGAUGAGAAACAGUGUAAGAAGGAGAAGGAAGGAGAUGAGAAACAGCGUAAGAAAGAGAAGGAAGAAGAUGAGAAACAGCGUAAGAAGGAGAAGGAAGAAGAUGAGAAACAGUGUAAGAAGGAGAAGGAAGAAGAUGAGAAACAGUGUAAAAAGGAGAAGGAAGAAGAUGAGAAACAGCGUAAGAAGGAGAAUGAAGAAGAUGAGAAACUGCGUAAGAAGGAGAAGGAAGAAGAUGAGAAACAGUGUAAGAAGGAGAAGGAAGAAGAUGAGAAACAACAUAAGAUGGAGAAGGAAGGAUCUGAGAAACAGUGUAAGAAGGAGAAGGAAGAAGAUGAGAAACAGCGUAAAAAGGAGAAGGAAGAAGAUGAGAAACAACAUAAGAUGGAGAAGGAAGAAUCUGAGAAACAGUGUAAGAAGGAGAAGGAAGAAGAUGAGAAACAGCGUAAAAAGGAGAAGGAAGAAGAUGAGAAACAGUGUGAGAAGGAGAAGGAAGGAGAUGAGAAACAGCGUAAGAAGGAGAAGGAAGAGGAUGAGAAACAGCGUAAGAAGGAGAAGGAAGGAGAUGAGAAACAGCGUAAGAAGGAGAAGUGUAAGAAGGAGAAGGAAGAAGAUGAGAAACAGCGUAAGAAGGAGAAUGAAGAAGAUGAGAAACAGCGUAAGAAGGAGAAGGAAGAAGAUGAGAAACAGUGUAAGAAGGAGAAGGAAGAAGAUGAGAAACAACAUAAGAUGGAGAAGGAAGAAGAUGAGAAACAGUGUAAGAAGGAGAAGGAAGAAGAUGAGAAACAGUGUAAAAAGGAGAAGGAAGAAGAUGAGAAACAGUGUAAGAAGGAGAAGGAAGGAGAUGAGAAACAGCGUAAGAAGGAGAAGGAAGAAGAUGAGAAACAGCGUAAGAAGGAGAAGGAAGAAGAUGAGAAACAGUGUAAGAAGGAGAAGGAAGAAGAUGAGAAACAGCGUAAGAAGGAGAAGGAAGGAGAUGAGAAACAGCGUAAGAAGGAGAAGAUGAGGAACAGCGAGAAGGAAGAAGAUGAGAAACAGCGUAAGAAGGAGAAUGAAGAAGAUGAGAAACGGCAUAAGAAGGAGAAGGAAGAAGAUGAGAAACAGUGUAAGAAGGAGAAGGAAGAAGAUGAGAAACAACAUAAGAUGGAGAAGGAAGAAGAUGAGAAACAGUGUAAGAAGGAGAAGGAAGAAGAUGAGAAACAGUGUAAAAAGGAGAAGGAAGAAGAUGAGAAACAGUGUAAGAAGGAGAAGGAAGGAGAUGAGAAACAGCGUAAGAAGGAGAAGGAAGAAGAUGAGAAACAGCGUAAGAAGGAGAAGGAAGAAGAUGAGAAACAGUGUAAGAAGGAGAAGGAAGAAGAUGAGAAACAGCGUAAAAAGGAGAAGGAAGAAGAUGAGAAACAGCGUAAGAAGGAGAAUGAAGAAGAUGAGAAACAGCGUAAGAAGGAGAAGGAAGAAGAUGAGAAACAGUGUAAGAAGGAGAAGGAAGAAGAUGAGAAACAACAUAAGAUGGAGAAGGAAGAAGAUGAGAAACAGUGUAAGAAGGAGAAGGAAGAAGAUGAGAAACAGCGUAAAAAGGAGAAGGAAGAAGAUGAGAAACAGUGUAAGAAGGAGAAGGAAGGAGAUGAGAAACAGCGUAAGAAGGAGAAGGAAGAAGAUGAGAAACAGCGUAAGAAGGAGAAGGAAGGAGAUGAGAAACAGCGUAAGAAGGAGAAGAUGAGGAACAGCGAGAAGGAAGAAGAUGAGAAACAGCGUAAGAAGGAGAAUGAAGAAGAUGAGAAACAGCGUAAGAAGGAGAAGGAAGAAGAUGAGAAACAGUGUAAGAAGGAGAAGGAAGAAGAUGAGAAACAACAUAAGAUGGAGAAGGAAGAAGAUGAGAAACAGUGUAAGAAGGAGAAGGAAGAAGAUGAGAAACAGUGUAAAAAGGAGAAGGAAGAAGAUGAGAAACAGUGUAAGAAGGAGAAGGAAGGAGACGAGAAACAGCGUAAGAAGGAGAAGGAAGAAGAUGAGAAACAGCGUAAGAAGGAGAAGGAAGAAGAUGAGAAACAGUGUAAGAAGGAGAAGGAAGAAGAUGAGAAACAGCGUAAGAAGGAGAAGGAAGGAGAUGAGAAACAGCGUAAGAAGGAGAAGAUGAGGAACAGCGAGAAGGAAGAAGAUGAGAAACAGCGUAAGAAGGAGAAUGAAGAAGAUGAGAAACAGCAUAAGAAGGAGAAGGAAGAAGAUGAGAAACAGUGUAAGAAGGAGAAGGAAGAAGAUGAGAAACAACAUAAGAUGGAGAAGGAAGAAGAUGAGAAACAGUGUAAGAAGGAGAAGGAUGAAGAUGAGAAACAGUGUAAAAAGGAGAAGGAAGAAGAUGAGAAACAGUAUGAGAAACAGCGUAAGAAGGAGAAGGAAGAAGAUGAGAAACAGUGUAAGAAGGAGAAGGAAGAAGAUGAGAAACAGCGUAAAAAGGAGAAGGAAGAAGAUGAGAAACAGCGUAAGAAGGAGAAUGAAGAAGAUGAGAAACAGCGUAAGAAAGAGAAGGAAGAAGAUGAGAAACAGUGUAAGAAGGAGAAGGAAGAAGAUGAGAAACAACAUAAGAUGGAGAAGGAAGAAGAUGAGAAACAGUGUAAGAAGGAGAAGGAAGAAGAUGAGAAACAGCGUAAAAAGGAGAAGGAAGAAGAUGAGAAACAGCGUAAGAAGGAGAAGGAAGAAGAUGAGAAACAGCGUAAGAAGGACACUGAGGCAAUAAUUUCGCAUAAAGGGGAAUUUCGUGGGGAAUUACUAACAAUAAAGAAAGAAUGUGGAGAAGCAAAACAAAUGUCAGUGGUAGCACAGAAAGUAGCAGGCUUAGCCAAAACGGCAAAGAUGGCAGGAAAUCGUCAAGACAGCCAGGAUGCAGUGCAGAUGAAGCAGGCUAGAGAUGCAGUUACCAGGGCCGAGAUGGGAUGGCUGUGGCGUCAAACGCACGCGGAAUUCCCCAGGCAGGUUUAG